AGUGUGCAGAGCAUCCCUCCUCAGAUCCUCCAGCAGCCUUCUACCACUGGCGCAGAGUCAAACAGCAGCCACGUCGCUGACAGUGUUAUAGUAAGUCGCGUCAGUGUAGCGGCAUCUUCCAGCGCGCCUGGAGAACAUGGGACGGCGGCGUUACGCGUCAUUGUUGUUUCUCAUCUGCUCCCUUGUUCAGACAAAUGCAUUGACAACAUGUGGAGCCAAGCAGUUCCAGUGUGGGAAUGGGAAAUGCAUCACAGUCAGAUGGGUGUGUGAUGGCACAGAUGACUGCGGAGACGGGACAGAUGAACUUCCUGGUACCUGCAUGGCCAAAACGUGUAGACCGACAGAGUUCAGCUGCGCGGACCGCCUCAAUCAGUGCAUACCGAGCACCUGGCGCUGUGAUGGAAAAGCUGACUGUGAGAAUGGAGCUGAUGAAGAGAGCUGUGCGCCAAAGCAGUGCACAGACACCGAGUUCCGCUGCAGGAAUAGCCAGUGCGUGUCGUCCUCCUUUGUGUGUGACGACGAGGUGGACUGUGACGACGGCAGCGACGAGGCCUCCUGCCCGCCCGUCACCUGCAGCGCUGUGUCCUUCCAGUGCAACAACACCGUUUGCGUUCCGCGCCUGUGGGCCUGCGACGGUGACGCCGACUGCUCCGACGGCUCGGACGAGUGGCCCCAGAACUGUGGCACAAUGACACCUGACAUUGUCGCCACUCAUCGGUGCUCAUCCCUGGAGUUCGGCUGCGGCAGCGGAGAGUGCAUCCACAGCAGCUGGAAGUGUGAUGGAGGAGCUGACUGCCUCGAUCGAUCAGACGAAGCUGACUGUGCUCGUCCCACCUGCCGUCCUGAUGAGUUUGAAUGCGGUGAUGGCACUUGCAUCCAUGGUAGCCGCCAGUGCAACCAUCAAUACGACUGCAGGGACAUGAGUGAUGAAACUGGCUGCGUCAAUGCAACCCACUGUGAGGGCCCGACCAGGUUUAAGUGCCGCAGUGGGGAAUGUAUUAGCAUGGAGAAGGUGUGUGAUAAGCACCGUGAUUGCAGGGAUUGGUCAGAUGAGCCUCUUAGGGAAUGUGACUCCAAUGAGUGCCUGUACAACAACGGCGGUUGCUCUCAUAUUUGCAAUGACCUGAAGAUUGGCUAUGAGUGCCUGUGUCCUGCUGGAUAUCGCCUGGUUGACAAAAAACGCUGUGAAGAUAUCGAUGAGUGUGCCAACCCAGACACCUGCAGCCAGAUCUGCAUCAACCAGAUAGGCAGUUACAAAUGCCAGUGUGAGGAGGGUUACCAAGUUGACCCGGCAACCAAGGCCUGCAAGGCAAUCGGUACAAUAGCUUACCUUUUCUUCACCAACCGUCAUGAAAUCCGAAAGAUGACUUUGGACAAAAGUGAGUACACCAGAGUAAUCCCCCGUCUAAAGAACGCUGUGGCUCUCGACAUGAACAUGGCUGCCAAAGAGAUCUACUGGUCAGACAUCUCCCAUAAGAAGAUCUACAGAGCUCAGAUGGACUCGGCUGAAGACACCGCUCGUCACAGCGUAGUCGUGGGUAGCGACGUCGAUGCUCCUGAAGGCAUCGCUUUUGACUGGAUCCAUGGUAACCUGUACUGGACUGACAGCAUUCGCAGCACCAUCUCCAUGGUAACUGCUGAUGGUAGCCGCCGCAAAACUCUCUUCCACCAAGACUUAUCUAAACCACGCGCUAUUGUGGUCGACCCCCACAGCAACUUCAUUUACUGGACUGACUGGGGGAAUCCCGCUAAGAUUGAGAAGGCAGGUCUUAACGGAGGAGACCGCACCGCUCUGGUCACUGACAACAUUGAGUGGCCUAACGGGAUUACACUCGACCUGUUGAACCAGCGGCUAUACUGGGUGGACUCUAAGCUGCACACCCUCUCCAGUAUUGACGUGCAGGGCGGUGGUCGACGCACCCUCAUCAUCGACGAAAACAAGCUGGCUCACCCACUGGGACUCACUGUGUUUGAGGAAAGAGUGUUCUGGACAGACGUCAGUAACAAUGCCAUCCUCAGUGCAAACAGGCUGACGGGUGGUGACAUCACACCAGUGGCAGAGCACCUAUCAUCACCAGAAGACAUUAUUCUCUACCAUAACCUCAAGCAACCUGCUGGGAGAGAUUGGUGCCAGGUAUCCAGCUGCGAAUUCUUGUGCCUGGCAGCUCCUCAAGUGGGCAGACAUCCCCCCAAAUAUACCUGUGUCUGUCCAGAUAACAUGAUGCUAGCCAGGGAUAUGAGGUCAUGUGUACCUGCUGUGCCAACACCUGCAGCUCCCGUGCAGCCUAAAGUUCCAGCUACCAACCCCCCUCGUUGGCCACCAGUGCCAGCCAGCACCACAUCUAGGCCCCAAGUCCGCACCACACCUAAGCCCCAAGUCCGCACCACACCUAAGCCCCAAGUCCGCACCACACCUAAGCCCCAGGUCCGCACCACCACAGUGCCAAUCGUAAUCACCAGCACUGCGGCAAAGCCAGUGCCACACGCCACCAAGCCUCCUGUAAGGACCACCACACCUGAACCAAGGACCCCGUCACCCCAGUCGGUGAAGCCUAAAAUUCCCCAGACCACCACAGAGGCUCCAGUCACCUCUCCAGCUUUCCGACAUGGAUUUUCUGCCGCUAUACCCAGCACUGGCUCCGCCACUCCAGUGGCUCUGUAUAUUGUCUUACCUCUGGCGAUCAUUUGUCUGGUGGCUGUUGGUAGCGUGCUGCUAUGGAGGAACUACAGGCUGAAGAACACCAACACAAUUCACUUUGACAACCCUGUCUAUCAGAAAACCACUGAGGACCAGGUGCACAUUUGGAGGAGCCACAGCCCUGACGGUUACUCCUACCCAAAAAGACAAGUUGUGAGCUUGGAUGAAGAGGCAGACAAUCCAGCCUUCACAGAAAACUGAAAACUGAUGUUGGGCAGAGUGGAAAGAAGAGCCUCGAUGAUAAGCUACCUUGGACGUCCGUUUGCAUUUUUUACCUCACUCAGCACAAAGAUAUGGAAGUCAAAGCCAGUAUCAGACAAGCUUGAACCACUAUAUCCUCACAGAUGAACAAGUGCUCUACAGUGGAAAAACCAGGGUGAAAUAUUUUUUUUCCAUCAAAUUAACAGUUGACAAUAAGACGGUGUAGUCCCUCAUUCGUCCAGGAGUGUUCUAUCGUAGAAAAGGUUUCAGUCGUAGUCAUCUGGACACUGUUUUCAGAAUCAAGACGUUUCGGCUCCCAUCCGGAAGUCAUUCUCAAUUGUGACAUGAUUGAGAAUGACUUCCGGAUGGGAGCCAAACGUCUUGAUUCUGGAAAACAGUGUCCAGAUGACUACGACUGAAACCUUUUCUACAACAGUUGACAAUCCUUUCCUCACCAAAUCAUCAGAUGAUGGAUUCCUCAAUCUAACAUUUAGUUUUACUUGUUAUCCUAACUGAUGCUGAUGAUAUAACUGGAGAACUGUGUCAUUGUUAAAGACACAUAAUGUCUUGUUUUUCAUGCAACGGUUUAACUGAGCUCAAUUAAUGCAACUUAUAAUUGGGAAUUCCCUCCAACUCGUGUUCGGUAGAAUUUCACAAAUGAGUGUUGUAAAUAUCACUGUUUUAUCACUUAUCAUUUUUUUAUUUUAGCUUUUGUCUGUUUAUGGAACAUUAUCGAAUCUUAUUCGCUUUCUUGGCCACUCUCAUGUCUGUAUGGUAAAUAUAAGGCUACACCCAGCAGCUGGUUAGCUUAGCUUAGCUUAGCUCAAAGACUGGAAGCAUAGGGAAACAGCUAGCCUGGCUCUGUCCAAAGGUAACAAAAUCCAUCCACCAGCAUCUCUUAUAUAUAUUAUUGUGUAACUUCCUGGAGUUUGCGCUGGUUGGCUGGCAACUGCUCCUGGCCAAGAAAUAGUCCGGCACACAUAAUUUUGUACAUAAUAAAUAAACAAGAUAUAACAUGUUUAUUAGUGAGCUUUAGAGAUGCUGGUUGGUGGAUUUUUACCUUUGGACAGAGCCAAGCUAGCUGUUUACCCUCCACUCUUUGUGCUAAGCUAAGCUAACUGGCUGCUGGCUCCAUCUACAUAUUUAACAAACAGAUAUGAGAGUGGUAUCAAUCUUAGCAUCUAACUCUUGACAAGAAAGUUAACAAGCAUAUUUUCCAAAAUGUCGUAUUAUUCCUUUGAUUAUAAAGCUGGAGCCAGGAGAAGGUUACCGUAGCAUUAAGACAUUUUUACGCUUUGUUUUCUGUACAGACUAAUGAAACGAGGUAUAGCGUGUACAGUAAUUAGAGAGCAUUAGAGUUGCUGGUUGGUGGAUUUUGUUACCUCUGGACAAAGCCAAACUAGCUGUUUCCCCUGUUUCCAGUCUUUAUGCUAAGCUAAGCUAAGAUAAUCACCACGGCUCUAGCUCCGAACUUAACGCGCACGCAUGAGAGUGGAAUCAAUCUUCUCAUCAAACUCUCGGCCGAGAAGGUGAAUAAGGUGUAUUUCCCAAAAUAGCAAACAAUUUCUCUUUGUUCAUUGGAAACAAGACAAUCUGAAGCUGACUUUUAUACAAAGACAAACACUAACGCUAGAGGGGAUUUAAAGUUGAGCAUACAGUAGGUGAAUGUCAUACUGAAAAGCAUGUGCCAGUUUAACCAGCGUGACCUCAGUAAGUCUCAUAAUGAUUAGUGUGUGUCAUUUUGAGUUUUACAGCAGCUAUUGCCUCAGUAGUGGAGCAAAAAUAUCAUCCAAAGGGACCUAAAGACGCUGCUGUAGUCAACCUCAAAGAAAACACACCGCACACUGUGUUUGUGCCCUGAUUUAUAUUGACCUCUGAGAUAGCCUUCGGAUUUCGCAUAUCACCAUAUGGUCACAACACAACGUUCUUCAGCAGCUGUCUGUUGUUUCUGAGUUUCUCCUGACACUUUUUUUUUUUAGCUCCAUUCUCCUGAUUUGUGAUCGGCUGUCUGUGACAUUGGAGAGCCAUCUUUAAAGUUUCCCUCCCUAUGCCCCUCUUGGGAUGACCUGCGCAUUCCUCAAAGACUGAAAAGCUUUGAUGCAACCACGUGUGACCAACGGGGCCGUGUCUGAUGCUCUGUAGCAUGGCACGUGUAUAUUUACAUCCUCCCUUAGGACCAGACUUGCCUUAUUCCAGCAUUGCUGACAAAAGAAAGCCAUGUGCCCUAUCCUGUUUUUAAAACAGCUUUCACCAGCUGUUUGAGCUCAUUUAUUUGAAUUGUUGACAAAUGUGUGCCUUUUUAAUGACAUAUUUUGUUCACAUGUUCAAGUUGGUGCUAUUGAACUCAGUAGAUGUGUAUAUAAUAUCAGGGUGUCUGCCUGUUUACAGUGACUCGCUUGAGGGAUGUGGCAGUGUUACACGCAAGUGAGGUUACACCUAACAAAGACAUUAUUGUGACGUGGGUUAGUGACCAUCGUGAGGCUUUUAGGUAGAAAAAAGUGCUAGUGAGGCUGUACAUAAAGUCAUUUUACAUUCACUGACUAGCGGUGCAGAUUAAGCGUGUAAAUAUAAUGUUCAUGCAUGUAAAUAUUUGUUCUUUACUGUUUUUUGGUAAUAAUGUCAGUGUUUUAGACUUUGUUGUGAACUUUAAACAUUUGAUGUACAUAAAUAAAUGCUUCUAUUUAUUAUAGAA